AUGGAUGGGUGUGGUGGGUUGAGGGCUGAGGCCGUUGGUAGGAUAUGUUGCGGUGCAGGCGGAAACUUAGAAACUUGGAGGGGUCCUGUAGGGCCCGACCAUUGGGCGGGAAUGACUUGGGAAUCGGUGGAUGGUGAUGCUGCUGCUUUGGGUACGCCUACAUCAGUGGUUCAAGCACCUGUUCCCAUCUCAGCCUCCCUGCUGGUGUCAACCUUCCCAUCUCGAAGUCCGGGAAAAUCAUGCUCGUUGGUGGUCACGCCUCCAACUACGCAAUGCCGUCGAGGAAGCAAGCCGCCCCAUAUGGUCGUAAGACGCAUCAGCGAUCGAGAUGCUCGAGUUUUCGUCUCUCACCAAAUGGACCUCGCGCAGGAUGUCAUGCUUCCUGCCUCCCAUGCCCACUCUUCCUAUUCGGUCGGUCUGUCUGUACCCUCCAAGAGAUCGGGCAUGGUCGCGCUCGCUCCCGCGACGCAGCACUCUCAACAGCAGAAGGCAUCGCAACUGGCUGGAGAUUUGACAAAGAGCCCAACCGUUCGGAUUCCUGAGGGGGGCGAGGUUCUCAUUCGGUGCUGA